UGUCGCUCGACCAACGAAGCGUUUCGAGGUGCGUGGCUCUUGUCAGUGUCAAUGUGUGUGCGCGCACACGUUCAAUCAUAUAAAGGAACGUUGUUGUAACGUGCCGGCGCUCGCACGUGCUCCGACACGUUUUUCAAGAACCUCAUCAUUUGUUCUCAAGAGAGAAAGGAAACUUUCAUUGAGAGUGAAAGCUCCAGAGAGAUUUUUUGUUCGAAUUCGUAACCUUCCAUUCGAACAGGACCAACUUAUGUUCCGUAUUAUUCUUCUUCUUCCUGUUUAAUUAUUUCUCAUUGGUUUGGUAUUCAAAGGACGACAAGGUUGACGUCUCUAUAACGAGACGAUACAUCGGAAGAAAAACCCGAGAAGGAAGAAGAAGAAAAAGAAGUAAAAGGAGGAGCAGAAAAAGAAGGAGAAUAAUAAGAAGAAGACAAUAUAAUAAAGUAUAAAGAGAAUUGCGAUCUCAUCGAGGAUGUUGCGAUGCAGAGAUCGAAUAAGACAGAUCUUCUGAUUGUUUCGAGUCGACAGUCAACUCGUUUUUCUUCGAUCGAUUGCGUUUCAACAAUCAUGAUUUUCUUCGAGACAAUCUUAAAUAUCGAAUCAACGUUUAAACGUCAAGAUCGAAAACAAGUGUGUAUUGGAGUAUUCGAAAAAUUUUGACGAUUUUUCUUUUCGGUUUUGUCAAGAAAGGAAAAGAGAAGAAAAGAAAAGAAGACAAAAGAAAAAGAAGUAUAUCGUCUGAGGUUUUACAAAAAAAAGAAAAAAAAAAGAGGAAACAAAAUGUCCUUGAUGAAUUUUAGUUUACCAUAUCACACGGCAACGCCGUCAUCAUUUCUUUAUACUGGACAUUCGACUGUUAAUAAUCUUCGUUUGAAUGCUGUCCUUCCACCAGCACCACCUACUAAUUAUGACAAUCGUGAACCCUUUCGAAAUGAGCCUUAUAUACCACCGUUGAGAUAUCAACAAGACAGACAACAACAGCAACAGCAACAACAACAGCAGCAGCAGCAACAACAACAACAGCAACAACAGCAACAGAGACAACGUCAGACGAAUCAACAGAGAAGACCAGAGCUUUAUGUCGAACAAUCUUCAUUUUCGUCGACUCAGGAUACAAGAUAUACGAAUUAUAAUCAAGAUUUUCGAAGGACUCAACCUCGACAGCAACCACAGUUACAACAGCAACAAAUGAGACCACCUCCUCCAGCUCCUUCUUCCCAACGUCAACAACAACAACAACAACAACAAGAAAGAAUACAAAAUGAGGAACACGAUAGAGAAUCUUUAGAAGUCAGCAGGAUCUCCGAACAGGAAGGAUAUCCUGAUAGACCUAAUGGAUAUACGAGAGUAAAUGCCGAAGGAUUCGGUGGUGGUCCAGGUACAAAAACAUCCGUUCACGCUGUUCUGGAUUACGACGACGAUUUCGACGAUUAUUAUGAUGACGAAGACCAAGGUGUGCCAAGGGACGCACACGUUACACCGAUUCAGGGCCCGAUUUUCUUAAAAAACGGUUCUGUUCCUGUCGUACCACUUUAUUCCUAUCCUCAAUUAAACAAUGGAACUUUCGUGCAAAUUCCGAUCCUUUGGACAGCACUUUCGGUUGCAUUAGGAGUCGAAUUGAGAGGUGAUUUGGUCAGAGGUGCACCAUGUAUCAAAAGAUAUCAUCAAUUGUUCUGUCCAACUGCCGGAAAUACAUAUCCGAUAGAACGGAUAGAACGUUUCAUAGACGAAAACAAAGCGUUGAUGAAGAGAAUGUAUGGUGAUUUUGAGAUGAGUCCAGGUCAUCGAACUCGUACGAGAAGAAAAAAAAGAGAAUCAUCAUCGAAACAAGAUUUGCCAGACGGUGGACCGAAUCUUCGAAAGAAGGAAGAUGAUUUCGAGCUAGAGAUCGAAGCUGAUGGUGAUUCGUUUUUUGGUAGUGAUAACAAAAAAAGAGAUCCGAGACAAUCUUUCGGAAAGAAUCGUAACAAUGACAGUGGAAGAAUCGACGCAUGCGAAUCAAAAGUAGAGAUCGUGACGCCGUAUUGGGCGAGCAAUAGCGCAGGAAAAAUACGAGCUAUCGUGAAUACUCAACAUUUCGAACAAGCGAUUCACCAAGAAGUUUGUUCAAAGACGCAAACGAAUCGAUGUAUGGGCGAUUGUGGAUGCGAACAAAAGUACAAAUGGCAUAGGUUGCUUGCUUACGAUCCAGACAAUGAUUGCAAGGGCAUAUUCAUGGACUGGUUUCUGUUUCCUUCUUGCUGCGUAUGCAGAUGCGAUCCAUCGAACAACAACAAGUUUCCAUCGUCGAAUUCUCGAAAUUAAUUAUUUCAAAUGAUCGAAGAGAAUUUUAUUCUCGUUUUUUUCCUUUUUCUUUUUCCUACUUAAUUUUCUUUUAUUUCUGUGGACGAUCAGUCAUUUUUUAGAAUGAUACUUAAAUAGUAAUAAAAAUUCCUUCAAUAGAAUAUUUUUACAAAAAGAAAAAAAAAGAAAAAAUAUAAUGACAUUAUGAAAGAGGCUAAGUUCACGACAUCUUUCCUGUUACAUCCUAGAUUUGUUGUUCUCCCUUUAUUUCCUAUUUCUUUUUUUUUAUAUUUUUAUAUACAGAUAUAUAGUCAGUAAUUCGAUUUGUAAUCGUUCGAAAAU